AUGGGGUGCUGCAACUCGAAGGAGACCAAGCAGCCGAAGGCGGUGGAGGAGCGGCAGCCGAAGGCUCCGUCUGCGAAGGCGAUAAGUGAUACGGUGAGUGCGGAAGAGGAGCCCAAGAUUGAGUUUAGAGUAGCGAGUGCGGUGGAGGACCUGCGCACCGAGCGCAUUUCGGCGAUCUGCGCCCACAGCCGUGCCUGCCCCUUCCGCUAUAACGCCUGCGCUGUCGUGGGCGGAGAAGUGAAGUCGUACUUCAACGGUGGCAUCAUUUUCAGCGUCGUGAAGGAGGGCUCAUGGUACCUCUACAACGAUUCCCUCGACUACGAGGGGCAUGUAGACUUACGCUGCGGCCCAGGCUCGAGUGUCACCGCUGGGCAGCGGACAAAGCUGGAAGAGGUAGAGGACGGCUGGGCGUGCGCACACGCCAUCGUGUACCCAUUGGAGACGCUGCAUUUGGUCUCCGGCACCAUCAACGGCUACAAGACCAACAUCACUAUCAAGCCCCUAAAUGCUGAGUACCGUCACGAGGCGUGUGCGGCUGCCAACGGCACUGCCGAAGCGGAGACAGAGGCCGUUCGCUCUCUCGUCACCGAGGACAUGGACGAGGAGGCGAUUCUGCACCGCUGCAUGGAGACAAAAACGCCGUACGUCGACCUGAGGUUCCCGCCGAACGGCGAGGCCGUGGCACGCGCCGGCAGGGACACCCGCACCAUCCCCGAGGUGGCCAUGAUGCGCCCGACGCAGUACCUGUCGGAUAAUAUCCGCCUUUCGGUGAACGACAUUUGCGGUCCAGUGGUGGCCCUGUCCAUCGAACCGGGCAACCUCGGCGACUCGUGGUUUAUGUGCGCCGUGGCCAUCAUGGCGGAGAAUGAGGCGAUGGUCCGCAGUAUUUUCGCACAGGGCUCGCCGGAGGAGAAGGCGGUCGGUGCGUACCGCGUGCUGAUCAGCAAAAACGGCUGGUGGCACAUCCUCAUUCUGGACGACUACUUGCCCACGUUCAACCGCAUGCCCGUGUUUGCGCGCUCGUACGACGAUCCGGCGGAGGUGUGGGCCUCGUUGCUGCAAAAAGCGUAUGCGAAGGUGCACGGUUCCUAUGCCGCGAUCACUGGCGGCGACGCUCUACAGGCUCUCGCCGACUUGAGCGGCUCGCCGAUGUGCCGUUUUGACAAGGAGUGGGAGGAGGCAACGGCGGACGCGAGAAAGGCGGACACACUGGCGAAUGCGCUGGUGCAGCUUUCCCGCUCUGGCGCCUGCGUUGUGCUCAGCACUCCAGGUCACAAUUCAGAGAGCUACCUGGGCGGCCGUCAGGCGAGAGAUUCGGGGGCCUUCCGUGCCCGCUACGAGGACGCCGGUUUACAUCCCGGCUACACGUACUCUUUAGAGCGCGUUGUGAUUGUCGAGGAGUGCGGUACCCUGCUGUUCAAGGUACGCAACCCUUGGCGCUCAUCGAACAAGUGGAGUGGCGCAUGGAGUUACGGUUCCAGGCAGUGGGAUGAGAAUCAGGAUGCCUGCCUCCUCUGCGGCGCCCAGAAGGACCCGGAGGAUGGCAGCUUCUGGAUGUGCUGGAGUGACGCCAUCCAGUACUUCGACGGAGGCGGUGUUUUGUUUUCGAUCCCCGACGCGACGGACUACCGUGUUAAGGGGGUGUUUUGCAAGACUAUCCCAAGCACGGUUCUUGAGAUCACGGCCUCAGAGUCCACCCGGGUGCUUUUCACCCUCUCGCAACCCGACAAGCGCGGCGUGGACCGCAAGGAGGGCGCGGCGCUCUUUGCUCCGAUCAUGUUGACCGUGUCCAAGGAGGAUGGCGACGUACAGCAGGUGCAGAAGAACACCAGCUGGAACCCGACAAUGCCCUCCGAGGAGUUCAACUUUGUUGUUGGCCGCGAUGUCGCCAUGUGGUUCACGCUGGAGGCCGAGGAGACGUACCUUCUCGUGCCACGCAUACACCCAAAGGGCGUCAAGAGCAACUACGAUCGACCGUACGUGAUUGGCAUAAUAUCAGCAGAGAAGCUGGAGGGCAACGUGCAGGUGGAAGCGAAGCAGAUUCACAGCGACUCGGCGGUGUUCACGAACUAUAUCGCCUACAAAUCGGAGGAGCUGCCGUCGGUCGAGGCGGAGAACCAGGUACGGCUUCCUGGCAUGGCCCCCGUGACGUACGUGUCCACCAAGGUGAUUUGA